AUGUAUUUGAAAAGCUCCCACAUGAGAAAAGGCAGCUCGAACAAUCAAAGGAUGCUCUUGCAGAGACAACACAAACCACAUAGUUCUCUGCACCACCCAGAAAAACAUGCUGCAAACAAAGAAUACGCCCUUACAAAAUCAGCAUAUAAAAGCUUGAUGCUAGUCUUACAGUUUAAACUCUCUGCAUGGUUGACACUUCUGCUUUUGCAUACUUGCUUGCACCUCUGUCUCAAGAUUAUGUCUUUCUUUGGCCGUGCAUCUAGGCAGGCUUGUUCUCCUCGAAGCGGCAGGGGAUCUAUGAAACCCUCUGGUUGUGGAAUGAAUAGCCUGGGUGGAGGGUCCAUUGUGGGAACUUUGGGUAACCGUGGAACUUAUGGCCUGGGUGGAGGGUCUGGUGCAGGAACUUUUGCAAGCAGUGGAAUGUUUAGCUUUUCUUCUGGUGGAGGAUCCAGUGUGGGAACUUUUGGUGCUGGGGUAUCCUGUGGUGCUGAGUUAGGCUGCAGUGGCAUUGGAGGGGGCACUACUGGUUGCUUUUAUCCUUACAGUCCUGGCACUGCUGGUUAUGAUGGUAGGCUUCUCUCUGGUGGUGAAAAAGAAACCAUGCAGAACCUUAAUGACCGCCUGGCCUCCUACCUGGCUAAAGUACGAGCCCUGGAAGAGGCAAACGGGGACCUUGAACAAAAAAUCAGAAACUGGUAUGAAAGAUCUAGACCACACAAUGACGGAGAACCCAGUGGCUAUAGCAAAUACUAUAGUACAAUCGAUGAACUCCGAAAUAAGAACCUUUCAGCAAGUGUUACCAAUGCUAGUGUUAUCCUACAGAUAGACAAUGCCAGGCUGGCUGCAGAUGACUUCAGAAUAAAAUAUGAAAAUGAGAUGUUCCUUCGUCAGAGUGCUGAAGCAGACAUCAAUGGGCUGCAUAAAGUACUCAAUGACUUGACUUUGUGCAAGAGUGACCUGGAAAUGCAGAUUGAAAAUGAGACUGAAGAGCUGGCCUUCCUCAAGAAGAACCAUAUAGAGGAAAUGAAAGAUUUGCAAGGCACCGCAUCUGGAGAUGUCAAUGUUGAAAUUAACGCCAUCCCAGGAACUGACCUAACCACACUUUUGAACAGGAUGAGAGAAGAGUAUGAGUCUCUGGCAGAGCAAAAUCGUAAAGAUGCCGAAAGCUGGUUCAAUAAAAAGAGCAAAGAAUUAAACAUGAAGAUCAACAUGAGUGUUAAGGAGACCAGCACCAACAAGACUGAGAUCACAGACCUGAGACGCACCCUUCAAGCUCUGGAAAUAGAUUUGAAAUCUCAACUUGCUUUGAGGCAAUCACUUGAAGCUACUUUGGCAGAAUCAGAAAGUCGCUAUUGUGCCCAGCUCCUGCAAAUGCAAGGGCUGAUCAGCAAUGUGGAGACCCAAGUGCACCAGAUAAGAGAGGACAUGGAAUGCCAAAAUACAGACUAUAGACAACUUUUGGACAUUAAGAUCCGUCUGGAGAAUGAGAUCGAGACCUAUCGGCAUUUGAUUGAUGGAGAAGCAAGUGAAUCUGGAUAUGGUAGUAGCAGAGAUCCUGGACCAAGGAAUCUAGGAUCUGGAACAAGUUCAGGAUUAAGAACCUCAACAUCUAGUGCUAAAGGCGCCACUGGAUCUGACACAGAAUCAGGUUCUAGAGGAACUGUAGCGACACAUUCUGACACAAAGCCCAGAGCCAAAGAUCCAAAGAAAACGAGAGUGGUUAAAACAAUAAUCGAGGAAUUAGAUGAGCAUGGCCGAGUAACAUCUUCCAAGAUCCAGUCCAUUGAAGAAAAUCCAGCUAUAUAAACAUCAAUAUUGGGAGUAUCAACAUUACUCAAACUAUUUUUCAUGAUGAUGUUUCAGAGGAAGCAUAUAUUUUAACUGCAGUACCAAA